AUGGACGAUACCAUGCCGGAUCCUUCACUUCUCAGCGCCGAUGCCGUGCAAUGGAACCAAGACCUGAUGCAAGAAUUCCAGGCGGCCCUGGAAAGAAAUCCGGCAGCGGACCUGAUGUCAAUGUUCCACGACUCCUAUCGUCACGAGCAUGAAAAUGCCCAGUAUCGCCGUGUUUCUUAUGCCGCCCAAAUAAAUCUUCGAACACUAGACGGGCUAUAUGAGACUCUCAGAAAUGAGCCAGAAGUGAACUUGCUAUCUGCGUUUCCGAAGAAUUAUAAUCGAAGGAUUACAAUGGCGACUAGGCCCAGGGUUAAGCCAGAAAAAGAAUCGCCCGAGGAUAAACGUCCGGACUUCCGAACACGCCUUGACCUUGCUGAGACAGCUGUGAUUGUCUAUCCAUUAUCAGAAGAAGUGAACAGCCUACUUGGGCAAUAUCAUUCGUCGAAUGACGUAAAUAAACCGCUCCCCCUCCUCCUAUCCGUAAAACAACUCCUUUGGGAUUCACUCAAGUUGUGGGAAAAUCCCGUCAGAGGCGUUGUUGUCAAAUGCAACGACAAUAUUAUCGCCAAACUCAUCACUGGAAACAAGGAUUACACCGAAUAUACCAGUAUGGAAUACCCUGCGAGAAAGGCGCCUGAUAUUCCCAGUCCAAGACCGCAUGGCCUAAUCGCGCUGGGUCCCUUUCGCGUAAUAUUCAUGACAUAUAUUCCAGACAUGACACUGACUCAAGCAUGGCCCAACUUGUCAAGUACAGAAAAGUCAUCUAUACAACGCCAGCUGGACGGUAUUUUCCGCCGCUUAAGAAAUAUCCAACCAGACGACAGCAACAAUGCCGUCCUCGGGGGUGUUUGUGGUGAAGGAGUAAAAGAACUUCGUGUCGACGAAUGUGCCUUGUCCAAAGAUAUCACCACAACGACACAGUUCCAUAAACUGCAAUUCUCUGCUGCCCACCAUGGUAGCGACACCUACGUGAAGCUUCUUCGUUCGUUUUUAGAGAAGAACCACCCCGCCAAUUUGAGGCAGAAAGCGGUCUUCACCCAUGGUGAUGUGAGAACUGAUAAUAUUAUGGUAAAGAAGGAUCCCGAAGGCAAUGGCUAUGUUGUUACUGGAAUUAUUGAUUGGGAGGACAGCGGCUUCUAUCCUGCUUACCAUGAAUGCACGGUAUUAACGCGGACUCUGAGCCUGGUCGAUGAAAAUGACUGGUAUCUUUAUUUGCCAGAGAGCAUCUCGCCUUUGAAGUACCCUGUGCGUUGGCUGAUUGACCGCUUGUGGGGGAUUCAUCUCAAAACUACUUGA